AUGCUGGGAAUUAGAAGCCUCCUGAAAAGCAACACUCCGUUGAUCAAAAAUGCUGUAGUCCAAAGAAAUAUGAGCGGACUAUCAACUCCAGCCAGGAACAAGGUGACAAGAGGAGAGCUGAUCUUCCUCUCCGGCAUUAUGGUGGUCAGCUGGCUGUCAAUCCCGGCAUACGUGCUUGUCAACAUUAAGAACUACCGCGACAAGAACUAA